UGCGACUGAUAGAGCGACAAGUAACAAAAUACUAAAGGUUGUAGCUUACAACCCAAACCAUAAUUGUGGGAGGAUUUGGGAUAAUAAGUUGAUGAAUAAUAGUUGGUUGGCUAGGAUUUACUUUGAUGAUAUCAGGAUCAGUCCUAGCAUUAAGACAAAAGAGCUUGUGGAAAAGGUUCAGGAAAAUUUCACGUGUAACGUAUCACGAAGUCAGUGCUAUAUGGCAAAGGCAAAAGGUUUUGAGGAAAAUUGAAGGUAGGAUUGAAGACCAAUAUGUUAAAUUGUGGGAUUACUGCCAUGAGAUAAAAAAAACCAAUCCUGGUACUUCUGUGUAUAUACACUUGAAACCAAACCAAGAUGCAAUAGCUACCAACGUAUUCCAAAGGUUCUAUAUUUGUUGGGAAGCAUUGAAAAAAGGAUUUGUAGAGGGUUGUAGACCAAUUGUUGGAAUGGAUGGAACUUACUUGAAAGGGGGGCAUAAUCUUGGUCAACUACUAACAGCUGUGGGUAUAUAUGCAAAUAGUCAGACUUUUCCUGUGGCAUAUGCAAUUGUGAGCAAGAGAACACAAGUACUAGGACUUGGUUUUUGCAGGUUAAAUUUGAAUCUCUUGCCUAUUUACUAACUUUCAUUUGAUGUAAAAAAUCAACUUCUAAAUUAUGACUUAAUUUAUGCAGCAUUUGAUUCGUGACAUACAAAUAGUGAAUGAGCCAACUUGGACUAUUAUUUCAGAUAAGCAGAAGGGAUUGGAGAAUGCAAUUAAGGAGUUGCUACCAUCAAUUGAGCAUAAACAUUGUGUCAGACACUUGCACAACAACUUCAAAAAUGCUGGAUUCCCAAGACAAGUCUUGCAUGAGAAGAUGUGGAAUCUAGCUACGGCAAGUUAUGUGGGUAAGUUUAACUUCUUGAUGGAAGAACUAAAGAAAGAAGACCCAGGGGCAUUUACUUGGUUGUCUCACCCAGAUAGGAACCCUUGUCAUUGGUCUAGGUCACACUUCAUUCUCACCCCCAAGUGUGACAUUUUAUUGAACAGUCUUUGUGAACCAUUCAACAAGGCCAUAUUGUGUGCUAGGGGCAAACCUAUACUUACUAUGUUGGAAAGACUUAGAACAUAUUUCAUGAAUAGGUUAGAGGAGAAGAGGGAAUUUGCAACUAAAUGGGUAGAUGACUUGGGUCCUAAGAUACAUAAAAAGAUAGAGAAGAUUAAGAAGUAUGGUGACUUUAUCAUAGCACCAUGUGGGGGGCGAGAGUUUGAAGUAAGAGCCAUACAUGGUGGCCAGUACACAGUGAAUCUACAAGUACAAACUUGCUCUUGUAAAUGAUGGGACCUCACUGGAAUUCCAUGUGAGCAUGCUGCAAUAGUCAUAGCUCGAGAAGGUGGACGACCAGAGGAUUAUGUGAGUGCAUGGUACCAUAAGCAUAGUUUCCUGGCUUCUUACAAUCACAUAAUGCAUCCUAUGAAUGGUUCUGAUAUGUGGGGGAAGUCAAGUAAGCCUCCAAUUGAACCUGCAGAGUUCGCUAGGCAACCUGGGAGGCCCAAAAAAGCAAGAAGAAGGGAGCCUGAUGAACCUCCAAAGAACCAAUACAAGUUGGGUAAAAUUGGGGUAAAAAUGACUUGUAGAAGAUGUGGGACACAAGGCCACAACACCAGGACAUGUAAAGCCCCUGUGGAUUCCUUCCCAAGUGGAUCUACAAACCCCACUCCAGUCCACAACACCAACACAAGAGGAAGGGGAAGGGGAAGAGCAAGAGGAAGAGUCAUCAAUAGUGCGCAAUGAACUGAGUCAUUUGAAUAUGUUUUUUUGUAACUACUAGCAGAACCAUAAUGUGGUCUGUUUUUUGGUAACUAAUGGCAGUUACGCAUUUCUUUGCUUUUUGUAACUAAAUGCAGUAGAUGAAUCUGUAUUGAAUGCUAGACCUAGCCCUGCUU